AUGGCUUCCUCCUCCCAGCAGCCCGAAAUGUCCCAAAUCCCACCGCAAACCGCCCCAGCGCCAACCAUCGCCGCUCCUCCACCAGCGCAACUGUCUCUCCCCGCAGGAUACCAGCCCUAUCCCGCCCCCGUGGCCUACGCUCCUUAUCCCGUCCAGCAGGCCUUUGAGCCGCCGCGGCCGCCGCAGAACAAGAUCUGGGAAUUCAUCAAGCUGGGCCUGCAGUCGCUGUCCUUUGUGCUCGCCGUGGUGGGCGUCGGCCUGGGCUUCAGCACGCUGAAUUUUGUCUUCUUCGUCGACACCGUCGUCAUUGCAGCCGCUCCUCCUUGCAUCAUCGCCAUCCUCUGGAGCGGCGCCGAACUCAUCACGCGCGCAAUCCGCCGCUUCAAGGCCGGCAUCCACCCCGGCGCCCACGUCGCCCUCUCGCUCAUCAUCUUCCUCGUCGCCGUCAUCCUCACCUCGCUCUUUGGCCCCUGGUUCCAGAGCUCCUGGAACGACAGCUACGAUGACGACGGCCAGGAGUGCUCGUACCACUACAGCUCUACCCUGGACGACUAUGUGUAUUCUUGCACCGACAACUCCAGCGACCCCGAGGUGAUUGCAUCGAGGCACCAGUUCCGCCACGAGAACAGCGUUGCCUAUGCCGCCGCCAUCAUCACGUACAUUGUUGCCGUGAUUCACUUUGUGCUCUUUGUCGGCGCUUGCAUCGAUACGUCAAAGGUCAACGCUGCUGCUUCAAGACCCAUCUAUGUCAUUGCGCAGCCGCAGGGCCUGCAGGCUAUGAUGCAGGGCUGGCAGCCAAUCCAGCAAGCUCCGGCUGAGACCGAGGCUAGGGAUGUGGCCCCUACUGAGACAGAGGCUGAGGCUGAAACCGAGGCUGUCACUCAGAGCAAAGGAAAGGGCAAGGAGCCGAUGCGAGGCGACGUUGUAGAGCAUGAUGCUCCCAGCGGCUCACAAGCAUGAGAUUGUCAAGAAUAGAAAGAUGAAAAGGUCAUCAUGUUGGUCAUGUUGGAUACGAGGAAAUGUUGGAAAGUAAUAUGAGGAGGAAUAAAGAGUGCACAUUGAGAAUGGGCAUUGGUCGGCCUCGUUGUGUUGAAGAUACCCGUAUAGUCACAUACCCAAGUCUCUCAAUUAUACAUGUAGACGAAUUUAAUAGACACCAAUUAUAAUA